AUGUCUGAAGGUGACAAAAAAGACAGUAGUUGUAACAAACCAACGGACUCCUUACCAUCACCAGCGAAACGUGCUCGAUCAAGUCUGUCCGAGCAGCUCGACAUGCUUACAAAUGGUCAAGUCCAAUCAUUCGCAAUUAACGCGGGUACGGCGACGACAGCUCAUCAACAACCCCCUAUAGUACCGCAACCUGUCGAGUUUCUACAUCCGAAGACGGAAACAGGAAUAGGAACUGUGGAAGUGCCAACGCCAUCACUGAUUUCGCAAGCUGCCAUGAAAUGCCGUGUUUGUGGAGACUCACGAGCAGGACGCCAUUAUGGCACGAUAGCCUGUAAUGGGUGCAAGGGAUUUUUCCGCAGAAGUAUCUGGGAACAGCGUGAUUACACGUGUCGUUUCGGCAACAAGUGUCAGAUCGUGCAAGAAUACCGCAAUCGAUGUCGUGCGUGUCGACUGCGGAAGUGUUUCGAUGUUGGUAUGGAUUCAAGAGCGGUGCAAUCGGAGCGUGAUAAGCAUAAGAAGAGGCCUGCUAACCAUGGAUCUCCAGGUGUUGAUGAAGGCACGGCGCCGUCACCGUCGGCACCGAACUUUACGGUCUCAACUCCAACUUCUCUGAUGAUGCCGAUAAACCCACUCUUAGUAUCACCCAAUGGGUCGCAGCAGUCAGGUUCUCAACCCUUCACCACAGCUACCAAUUAUCUGAGUCGGAGUGGUGUGAAUCGAGCAUUCGCAGAAACUUUAUCAAGCAGUCCCCCGCGUACAACAUCUUCAACAGCAGAUUCGUCAUCGUUACCAGUUGCUAGUGCCAUAAAGCAGGACUCUCCUACUUCCGUUUACGGUCAACACUACAGGCCGCGUCUACCAGUAGUGCAGUAUCUCAUAGAUUUGGAGCAACGUACUGAUAACAUGGUUGACGCGAUGGAAGACGGGGAUUUUAGUGAGCAAUUUAGUAAAUUAUGUAGAGUUGACGUCACCAUCGAGGCGGCUUUCAAGGAACCGGGGAUCGUAGCGAAGAGAACACCGCCUCGAUGGCUAGCUCUAGAACGUCUGACAACACUUGAAGAUGUCGGCAUUGCUUGGUGUCGCUCAUUUGUUCUAUGCGUUGACUGGGCAGGACUUAUGAAGGAUUAUAAGGAACUCUCACCUUCUGAUCAGUACGUGCUGCUUCGGAAUCGAGUGGUUUCAGUAAAUUGGCUUUGCCACACUUACAAGACCUUCAAAAGCGGAUGUGAUGGGGUAGCAUUGGUGAAUGGUAGUUGGUAUCCGCGUGAUAAAGAUCUUCAAAGGACUUUGGAUCCAGGGUGCAACCAUUAUUUCUCGAUUUUGUCCGAGCAUCUUAUGCAAGAUCUUGUUUUUCCGAUGAGGGAAAUGAACAUGGACGAGGGAGAGUUCUGCUUACUUAAAGUGCUGAUACUGUUCCGUGUUGACCGCCGAUUGUCAGAUAAGGGUAAGGCACAUGUGACAGCUGUUCGGGACAAGUACAUUGAUGUGCUGUACCAUCACAUACAGAAUGAGCAUCCAGGUUUCUCGGCCAUCGAAGUUGCUCAACGAAUCUCGAAAUUGUUACUACUGCUACCUAGUAUUGAGCACCUCUCCCAACAAGAAGACGAUAAUGUACAAUUCCUUGCCCUUUUUAAUCUUGCAAAUCUCAACGGUCUUCCGUACGAACUUCAUUCUUCGGUAAAGCAGCAAAUUCGCCACGAAGAUCCCACUCAGGUGAACGAAGUCACAUCAAACAACGUGGACGUGAAGGCGUUCGACUUUGACCCUAGUCCUUGCAACACAGGUGAUUCCUCUCCAAAUGUGUCCAGUGAACUUGAAUCGCUCGGAUCAGCCAUUACGACGUUCCAUGAACGAGCAGCCGGAUUUUUCGACAUGGUGCUCGUACUGAGGAUGAAUUCACCGAGAAACGUGGAAGUUCUCAACAAAUCUUAA